CCGAGAACGCAAACCGAAAACGAACCAAAAAUCCGGAUAUAACAUCUACCACUACAAACAUUCAAAGUAGUAUGGACAAUAGAUAUUGGGCCAUAAGCCCAUUAACCCGUUUGUGAAUUUUGAAAUCGCUCAGGUUCAUCACUCGCUCUUGUCUAGAAAUUUGAAAUUUGGAAUUCGAAAAUUUGGGAUAGUCUUCUUCUUCAUCUAUCUAGAGUGGCGUUUGAUUUGAGAUACGUUCUUCUCCAUAAUUUCUUGAGGAAGUGGUUUCUGGGUUGAAAAACAUGAGCGGAGAUCGACUUCAAUUUGAAAACCCUAUAGAAGAUGCGGUUUCGAGACUCAGAUUCUCCCCUGAAUCAAACAAUCUCCUCGUUGCUUCUUGGGAUUCUUAUCUGAGAUUGUAUAAUGUGGAGAGCUCUUCGCUAAGUCUGGAAUUGUACUCUCAAGCUGCUCUUCUUGAUUGUUGUUUCGAGAAUGAAUCAACUUCAUUUACCUCUGGUUCCGAUGGAUUCAUCCGAAGGUAUGAUUUAAACGCUGGAACAGUUGAUACAAUUGGAAGACAUGACGACAUUGCAACAUCCAUUGUCUACUCUUAUGAAAAAGGUGAAGUUAUAUCUACUGGGUUUGAUGAGAAGAUCAAAUUCUGGGAUACAAGAAAAAGAGAAAGUCUUGUGUUUUCGACUGAUGCUGGUGCAGCAGUGGGUUGUAUCACUGUAUCUGGCAACAACUUAGUUGUUUGUGUGGACGCAUCGAUGCAUAUAUACGAUUUACGUAACUUAGAUGAAGCUUUUCAAUCGUAUGCAUCCCAAGUGGAGGUGCCAAUCAGUUGUAUCACCUCUGUACCUUAUUCCAGAGGAUAUGCAGUUGGGUCAGUUGAUGGACAAGUAGCCGUAGAUUUCUCGGAUACGUCGUGCUCCAAUGAGAUAAAAUACAGUUUCCGAUGCCAUCCCAAGUGUAGGAACGGCAGACUCGAUGGUGUAUGCAUAAAUGCAAUCGAAUUCAGUCCAUGUGGGUCAGGGACUUUCGUAACAGGAGACAAUGAAGGCUACGUGAUCUCAUGGAAUGCUAAAAGCAGAAGAAGACUCUUUGAGUUGCCAAGGUACUCAAAUAGCAUUGCGUCUUUAGCAUUUAACCACACUGGAGAACUCUUGGCGAUUACAUCAAGCCACACUUACCAAGAAGCUAAAGAGAAUGAAGAAGAAGCUCCUCAAGUGUUCAUACAAAGAUUCUGAAAGAUUUGCUAGCUUCUUGAAUCUCAGUGUCUACUUGUAUUGUAUCUAUCUAUUUUUUGUUUAUGUGUUUUUUGGUUGCACGUUUAUAGCUUGACAAGUUAGUUCUUCUCAGAACUGACUUCAACAUGCAAUGAUUGUAUCUCUCAAGUCCUCUUAACUUAGUUUUGACUUUUAGUCAACUAUAUGCUUGACUUUAAAUUAUUUAAGAUUGAAUUAAAUAGA